AUGGAUAGUCGCGUCAUUUCCGGCAACACAUUCGGUCCCAAUGCUAUCGUCGUUCAAGGCAAUCUUACGUCCCCUGAGCCACUUUGGACCGUGAACAAUGCGGCCCAUGCCGACCGACAACGUCGAGAGAGAGAAAUAGAGAUCCUGAGAAGGCUUUAUAAAUCACCGUACGAAGAUCGGAAAGACCGAAAUCCAGAUCGGACUCGAGGAACCUGUGAGUGGUUCGUAGCUCACAAGCUCUUUCAGGAGUGGCAAGAAAGCAAACAGUCAACAACACUUUGGGUAUCUGCAGAUCCCGGAUGUGGAAAGUCAGUCCUAUCAAAGCACCUGAUUGAUUCAGUAUUGCAAAGCACAGCAUCUAGAACAAUAUGCUACUUCUUCUUUAAGGACGACUUUGAAGAUCAGAAAAAUGUCGUCAGUGCUCUCUGCUGUAUCUUAUACCAACUUUUCAAGCAAAAACGCGUCCUGCUCUCUGAGGCUGUUCUCGAACAAUUUGAAGUCUAUGGAGAAGAGAUUACUAGCUCAUUUGGAAAGCUUUGGAGCGCCCUUCUUAGUGUAGCUGAGGACAGGAACGCUGGCGAAAUCAUAUGUCUCCUAGAUGCAAUCGACGAAUGCGAAGACCACGGAAGAUCCCAGCUCGCUCGGGCCUUACAAACGCUUUAUAACACUGGAAGAAGCUUUAAUUUGAAGUUUCUAUUAACUAGCCGGCCCUAUGUUAGUAUUCAGCAUGGUUUCCGACCUCCGGACAUUCCAGAGUUGGCUGUGAUUCAUCUAAGCGGGGAGAGUGAUGAUGAGAUGGUAAAGAUAUCCCUAGAAAUCGAUAUUUUCAUUCGGGCUCGAGUCCGGGUUGUUGGAGAAAAGCUGAAGCUUGGGAGUGACGAGCAAGGCAUUCUAUUACGAGAACUUAUGCGGGUCCCCAACCGAACGUAUCUGUGGGUGCAUCUCACUCUGGACUUGAUUGAGCAAGACCUCGAUCUCGACAAAAGCGGAAUAGUCAGAAUUACUUCCCACCUUCCCAACACGGUUGAAGAAGCAUACGAAAGAAUUCUAUCCAGAAGCCGCAAUUUUGAAGAGGCUAAGAAGCUGCUGCAUAUUGUGGUUUCAGCCGCGCGGCCCUUAACCCUGAGUGAGAUGAACUUAGCGUUGACGUUGAGAAGCCACCAUCAGUCGUAUGACGACCUUAACCUCAAGUCAGAAGAGCGAUUCCGAGAGAACGUGCGAGAUCUCUGCGGCCUCUUCAUAGCGGUCAUUGACUCAAGGGUCUAUCUGCUUCACCAAACAGCGAAGGAAUUUUUGGUCCAAACCAAGCCAUCGAAUGUUUCGAAACGCAAUCAGGCAAUUACCAAAUGGAAACACUCACUGUGGCCGCAAGAAUCCCACCGCAUUCUCGCCGAGAUCUGCAUCUGGCAUUUACUCUUCGCAGAGUUUGGGGCCCAAUCUCCUAAAGGAAAAACAAUGAAUUUCCAGCACAAUGACCAACGUGUCUUCCUGGACUACUCUGCUAAGCAUUGGACCACUCACGUCCGCGAAUCGCAUAUCGAUGUCAAGAAUUCACUAAGUCAAUUAAUAUCAAAGCUCUGCGAUGGGACCUCAAGUCGCUGCCUGACUUGGCUUAGAAUCUAUUGGAGGAGCACGAACACAGAUUUCCCGCAGAAUUUUACCGCUCUCAUGAUUGCAUCCUAUUUUGGACUUACGACAGUGAUGAAGCUCCUGCUUAUAUUGGAUAGCACCGACGUGAAUUCUCGGGAUGGCACAUACAAGCGGUCAGCUCUAUCUUGGGCUGCAGGAAAUGGUUAUUACGUCGCUGUUAAGCUCCUAAUUGAGGGCGUUAGGAGCCACUGGAAGGGUCUUGAGAUACUCUUUAAAGCAGGAGCACAGGUAGACUCGGUGGAUAGACACAAUCUAACACCACUAUCCUACGCCGUUUUAAAUGGGCAUGCUGCUAUCGCCGAACUAUUACUUGAAGCAGGAGCCCGCGUCGAUACAAGGGAUAGCAUUGGAGGGACGCCAUCUUUUUACGCCGUUUGCAACGGACACGAACACAUUGUUAAUCUACUUCUUAAGAGAGGAAUCAACAUCGAUUCGGAGGAAGACAUGAGCAUGGCGCUACUUUUGUCCGCUGCGGAGAAGGGCCAUGCGGGAAUCGUUAAGCUCCUGCUCGACAAAGGUAGAGUUGAUCCUAACUCGAAGGAUAAGAAUGGCAACACGCCAUUAUAUCUGGCUGUCAAGAAUGGGUAUAAACCUAUCAUUGAGCUUCUACUUGAAAAACUAGGAGACAAGGUCGUCAUAACAAAUAAGAUCGUUCAGGCUGCGGUAGAUAAUUCGUGGAAUGGCAAACAAAUAAUGUCAUUACUCCUUAAGCAGCAAAGAGAUCCCAUCACGAUCACAGAAGAGAUUAUGCAUACUAUUACUACAGGCUUCGACGAAGAAGUGAUGGCAUUACUCCUUAAUCGACGAGGAGACCAGAUCACAAUCACAGAAGACGUUCUUAAGGCUGCUGCAAGUAACUUGAAAGGCGCGAAAAUAAUGGCAUUACUUCUUGAUCAAAGAGGAGACCAGAUCACAAUUACAGAAGACGUUAUUAAGGCUGCGGCAAGUAAUUCGGAAGGCGCGGAAAUAAUGGCAUUACUUCUUGAUCAAAGAGGAGACCAGAUCACAAUUACAGAAGACGUUAUUAAGGCUGCGGCAAGUAAUUCGAAAGGCGCGGAAAUAAUGGCAUUACUUCUUGACCGGCGAGGAGACCAGAUCGAAAUUACAGAAGACAUUGUUAAGGCUGCAGCAGGAAACUGGAAUGGUCAGAAAGUAAUGGCAUUACUCCUUGAUCAGCGAGGAGACCAAAUUACAAUCACAGAAAACAUUUUCAAGGCUGCAGCAAGAAACUCAAACAGCAAUCCAAUGAUAUCAUUGCUCCUUGACCGACGAGGAGACCAUUUUACAGAGGAUAUUGUUAAAGCUGCGGCAAGACAUUGGCAUGGCAAGGAGAUAAUGGCAUUACUCCUUGACCGGCGAGGAGACCAGAUUGCAAUUACAGAAGAGGUUGUUAAGGCUGCGGCAGGAAAUGAAUUCAGUAAGGGAAUAAUGGCAUUACUCCUUGACCGGCGAGGUGACCAUAUUACUAUCACAGAGGGUGUUAUUCAGGCUGCAGUAGAAAAUCAACAUAGCAAGGAGAUGAUGGCAUUACUCUUUGACCGACGAGCAGACCAUAUUACUAUUACGGAGGAUAUCAUUAAGUCUGCGGUAAAGAAUAGAUGGAGUGGUAAUGAAGUAAUAAAAUUACUUCUUGACCAGCGAGGAGGCCAGAUGAUUAUUACGGAAGAAAUUAUUGAAGCUGCAGCCAAGAACGAGACACGCGGCAAGGAGAUAAUUACAUUACUCUUUGAACAAAAAGGAGGUCAGAUGCUUAUUACAGAAAAAGUCAUUAAAGCUGCAGCAAGAAAUGAACUAAGUGGCAAGGAGAUAAUGGAGUUAUUAUUGAAUUGGUGA